AUGAGCGAAACACGGCUCAGAAGGCUGGCUACAGAGCCUCUCGAGUCAAACUAUAUACCUAGCCUUCAACAUAACACACCGCAGGUUCUGUGGAUUGGAUGCUCUGAUAGCAAUUUCAAAGAAUUCACUAUGCUCAAUAUUCUUGAUGACGAACUGCUGGUGCUCAGAAAUAUCGGCAAUAUGAUCAUUGAUGGCGACCUGUCCUGCGAUACUACUAUAAAACAUGCCGUCGUUGACCUUCAGGUGAAACACAUCGUCAUUUGCGGCCACUACGGGUGCCGCAUUGUGAAAGCAACUGCUAGAGAUGGGUUGAAAGGUCCAUGGUUGAGCAAGCUCAAUGCUCUCUAUUCUGCGCAUCAAGGUCUGAAUCAACUUCCAGUGUCGGAGCGGGAUCGCGCUUUUGUCGAGUUGAAUAUUCUUGAUCAACUUCAUUCUCUACGCGAACGUCCCGAAGUUGCCAAUGGAAUUGCGCUAGGGCGCUUACAUAUCCACGGGAUAGUGUAUGAUUCGGAGGUUGAGAAGGCCUAUCGAUUAUCGGAAGGGUAG